GGCCAUCAGCGAUAAACUUCGACUAAUUGCGAUAUACCAAGAGUUAAAAAUGUGGAAGGAUUUGUGAAAGUAUUCGGUAGAUAGAUAACAAUGGAACAUAGUCUUAUUUGUUUGGGUGAAAAUUGGUCUGAGCCACAACUUAACUUAAUUGACCCAUCAUUAGUGUGAGUGUUGUGUUGGAAGUUGAAAUUUAUUUAUUUUGAAGAAAAAAUAUUCAGAACUUUGAACUUUCACCCUCUUUGAAUGACUGAAAUUUGAACUGGAAAGUAAAACUGUUUUAAUUUACUAGUUUUCAUUCAAGAAUGUUCCAAUUGACCAAAAAAAAAAAUUGUGAGAAACUUGACGAAAGUGAAAAUUACAUUGAGAAACUUCCAAAAAUUGAAGAGUUGCUUUAAUUUCCCGGUUUUCGUUGCAAAUUAUUAAAUUUCUUCGCUUUCGUUGAAUUGUCGAUAAAUAAUCGUGGGAAUUUUAUCACGCCGUCAAUUCUUUUUAAUAGAUUUACACUUCACGUUUUUUUCGUGAACCAUCGCGAUAAGUAGGGAUCUGUGUAAAAGAUAUGGCACAACCGAAGUCACAUUUUUCCAAGCACCUCCUUGUUUUGAAAUCUCGAAUUUACAUUAUGAAAACCAUCAUUUAAGCAAACUUUCUCAGAAUAAUUGAAUAGAACUCACUUCAAUUCACAUAAAACUGGUCGUAAAAAAUAAUUUUAGAUCAAUUUGUGAUUACCCGUAAUUGAGUACUUGUGUUCUUACCGUGAUAACACCGAAAAAAAUUUCUUGGAAAAAUCAACUGAAAUGAAUACAAUUGAAAUGAAUUACAUAAAAUAAAAGAAACCUUAUGAACUAGUGGCGAUGAGUAUCGUGUAAGAUUCUGUUUUGAAACACACAUUGACUGAUGGUCGGAGGUUUCUCUCACACAGCUAAUAUAAUAUCAUACAAAGAGAUAUACGAAUGAAAGAGAACACAAAAAGUGAAAAUCUCGUGCAACCACAUAGACUGUCAAACGCAGACACUCACACACACGUAUGUUUGGCUUCCGUAUGCAAGUGAGUGCGUAGUUGUGUGUUUUAUGUUGGCCACAUGGAAUUGACAGUUGAGACAACCUUUUCGCGUGUGUGUAUGUUGAUUUUGUGUUCUGAUUUAAAAAAAAACCUCUGGGAAAUGUUCAUUUGAAGCGGAAAAAAUAAUAAAAUGAGAUUAAUAAGUAAUAAACGAGUCAUGGAACACAAUUGGGUACAGUCAUUUCAAUGGAUAAUCGUUACAUGGAUACUUUUCAUGGGCACUGUGAACGUACAUGGCAUCGAUAUCGACCGAAUAUGCCCACGAAUGCUACAUAAAGUAUUCAAUGGUUAUGCACCAAUUGGCAAUAAAACAGCUGGAACAUACAAAGAAUUUCUAAAAGCAUCGGGCAUUGAAACAUGUGCCGUUCAAUGUUGUAUGCAAAAAACCGAAUGCAACGUUGCAUUUGUUUUUAACAACAAAUGCUUUCACGUUAAGUGCAAUGACGAUGAACAAUGCAUGCCACUUGAACGAACAAACAUGGAGUUUAAAUUGAAAAUGGUGCUUGUCAAUCCAGUGGCACCAGAUGCAUCAUGGCCGGAAUUGCUGAAAAUCAAAAAUCUUGAAACGCAGUACAAAUCGAUGGACUUGCCGAUUGAUCCAUCGGAUUUGAGUGUAACUGAGCACAUUUAUCCGGAUCGUUUAUCGUACAAUCCGUAUCCGAAUUUUAUGGAGAAACAAUUGAACGAUGCUCUAGAGGAUCGUGCCUAUGGUUAUGCGCGUUACAAUGAUUUGAGUCCGUAUCAACAGUAUGAUAACGAUUUGGCAGCCGACGAAUCAAAGGUCUCAAUUUUACGUGAUGCUCAAUGCGCAACUAAUGGAAAGUCGUGUGGCGAGAAUGAAGCCUGUAUGCAAUUGGAUUCGAAAUCAUUGUUAGGAAUUUGUCGCUGUAACAUCGGUUAUAUACGUAAUGCAUACCAAAAAUGUGUAUUAGAAGAACCCAACUUGAGCUACAAUCCCGAUAAUUUCAAUGAGAAAAUGAUGAUGAUCAAACAUUUGACGGAGAAUCGCGAGGAUCCGGUUGAUGACAGCAAAGCGGAAAGCGGUGAAGUUGAUCCGAAAAUAGGUCAUUUAUCAGUGUCAGUUGUUUCGAAAACCGUUCAGUUGCCAGAUAACAAAGCAACAUUAAGUGCUUUCCCAGUUCCGGAUGAACAAACCAGUGGCGCUACUUAUAACUAUUCGUGGUCACUGAUUUCGCAACCAAGUGGAGAUACAAACGGAACGAUGUCGGAUAAAACGAAAAGUGAAAUUGAAUUGACCAAUCUCUCGGAAGGCUUGUAUCGAUUCAAAGUUGUCGUAUCUGGAAAGAAUUGGAAAGGAGAGACAUUUGCAAAUGUUACAGUUUUACCAGAAAAACGAUUCAAUAAAGCUCCGAUUGUUGUCAUCAAGCCAGCCACACAAAUCAUAAAGUCACCAACAAGUUCAGCAAUUUUGGAUGGUAGUGCAAGCACGGACGAUGAUCAAAUAAAAACAUGGCGAUGGGAUUUAAUCCAAGGUCCAAUGAACUAUGCGCCUCUUAUGACUGAAACCAGCACAUUGCAACUCACCAAUCUUACUCUGCCGGGAAAUUAUACGUUCAAAUUGACUGUUACUGAUUCGGAUAACAUCACGAAUUCCACCAUAGCCAAUAUCACAGUUUUGAAGGCCACUGAUUAUCCACCAAGUGCGAAUGCUGGACAACCGGUUAUUCUUUACUUGCCUCAAAAUAAUGUAACAUUGGACGGUUCUCACAGUACGGAUGAUCAUGAAAUAACGGCUUGGGAAUGGACAAAGGAUCCAUCUGACGUGUCGAAAGCCGUUGAUAUGCAAGAUACUCGAACACCGUAUUUAAAACUGUCAAACUUGGAAGAAGGAAUUUAUACAUUUGUGCUUAAAGUGACCGAUGCUAGCAAUCAAUCGAAUACUGCCCGAGUCUCAGUGUUUGUGAAACGACCAUCAAACAAACCACCUGAAGCCAAUGCAGGACCAAACCAAACGAUUUCAUUACCUCAAACAUGGGUUUCGCUUAAUGCAUCCAAUUCAACGCAUGACGCUAAAAUCAAUAGCUAUGAAUGGGUACAGAUCAAUGGACCGACAAAUGCAAAUAUUCUAAAUAAAAAUUCGGUUGUUGCAAAUGCAACCGGAUUGACUAUCGGUGCGUACACGUUUGAAGUGCGUAUCGUUGAUGACAGCAACAACAAUGCAUCGUCAAGAGCUACAAUCACUAUUGUUCAAGAAAAAAAUACGCCGCCCGUCGCACAUGCAGGAGGUGAUCAAAGUAUAACUUUACCAAAAAAUGCCAUUUAUAUGAAUGGAUCAAAAUCAAGUGACGAUUUGGGAAUCGUGAAAUAUGAAUGGCAACGCGAUGGUGCCAGCUUGGCCAUUGGAUCCAUUGUUGGAAAUACAGAUCAUGAACCCGUUUUAAUUAUUACAAAUAUUGUCGCUGGUCGAUAUGUAUUUAAGUUAACAGUAACCGAUGGCCAAGGCCUGUCCAGUAGCGACACAGUCAGUGUUAUUGUGUAUCCUGAUCCGUUGUUGAAGAAUUUAGUCGAAAUAACAUUUGCGGCCGGUGUUUCCGUGCUCACCGAAACCGAGGUGCAAUCGUUAGAACAAAAACUAGUUCUACUGUUAGGAAAUAAUAUGAAGUUGAUCGUUCGCGAUUUGCGGAUGGAACAAAAAACCGGCGAAGCUAUUCUUAUCUUCUACGUUGAACAAGUGACUGGAGCUAAGGAAAACCAAAUCCUAACCGGUUUUGAUGUUGAAGUAAUGCUAAAAGACAAACUCUGGAGUGGCAGUAACAUAGUUGGAAUGCCUAUCUCGGAUAUUCGCACAACGGUAUGCCAGAAUAAAUGUUCAGGCCACGGUGUUUGCAAUGCAGAUACGCGCGCCUGCAUGUGUGAUACAUUUUGGAUGCCGAAUUUAUACUAUUUCUGGGGCAUUGGUGAAGCCAACUGUGACUGGUCCAUUUUGUAUGUUGUCAUCGGAGUAUUUAUCACGUUUAUACUAAUAUCAGCUAUAUGCUGGGGUCUCACUCGCUACUGCCGCACCACAAAGCCUCGAACACGAGCAAAAACACAGAAAUAUUCGCUACUUGAGUCACAAGACAACGAAGUUCCAUCAUUAAAUCGCGCCGUUUCAAUGACAGAAUCAGACACGGACUCAGAUGUACUCUUCGAAAAUCAAAACAAAUCAAAUGGUGUGCACCGGAGCAACGGAUCGGUGAAAAAUGGCCACAAAACUUAUGCAACAACACGACUUGGCCGUCGAAUCAAAGCGUAAACAUGUAUACAUUCCUUAAAAUAUGCACAAUGAUUGCCUUCGUUGAGUUGUUCAGUAGAGAGAGUUUUAUAAAAUGAAUUUUAGGAAAUAUAUUUAUUAUUUGAAUGGGAGCAUUUUUACACGUGCGUGUGUAUGUGUAACACACACACAUUGAUAACAAUUAGUUUAUAGAUAAAUGCUAGCCGUGAUUUUUAGUUUGGCAUCUAAAGGAUCCCAGAAUGAUCUCUAGUCUGAAACAUAAGUAUUUUUAUGGGAUUUGAUUAUUAUAUAAAUGUCUAUUAUUUACCGAUAAAAUGCUUUAAGCCAAAAACAGUGAAAACCGUAUUGUAAAAAUUGCUCAAAUUCUGAAAUUCCGAGCAACCAGCUAAAAAAAAAAUUCGUAUUUAUUUUAUUGAUUUGUAUUAAAAACAAAACCAAUUGCAAUUUACCAUUAAUGGCCAUCCAACACUUAACGAAAUAUUCUCUUUUUUCUGUUACUUAUUUUCAUUUUCUUAUGAAUUUGUAUUGUGAUUUUAUUUAUGUCGAAACAAACCGUAGAAGUAGGUAGCUUAAACUAGAUAAUAAUGAUUUUCAAAUCAAAACCAAUAAAAACCGUAUUUCAAAAGAGAAAGAAA